AUGUUUUAAAAUACUUCUUGUUCUCAAUCGAAAAACACUUAAGACAAUUUACUAAUUCAAGGAAGAGGUUUAGUUUCAAAAUAAAAUGUCAUUUAAAUGGUGAUAUUUAAUAUUUUGAAUACAUUAGUUGACCUGAUCUUACUAAUUCAGUAUCCUCAUUAAUUAUAGUACAUCAUCUCAAAAAUGUCCUUGAGUGUUUUGAUGACAAUCAUAAUAAUAUCAUUUUGGAGAAAAAUAACUCAUGUUAUAAUCAAUAUUAUUUUGGUUGUGAUAAAAUUUAGCUCAAUCCUAAUACUUUUGUUGAUUGGAUCAGAUUAUAUAUUGAUAAUUGUAUUAAUAUGUGAACAAAAUAAUUUUUCAACGAAUUUUGAACACUUUGAAUAUUUGGUUCAAAAAGUAAUGAUAUUAAUUGGAUGUUUUAUAAUAUUGAUCAUUAAAUUUAAUGUGAUGGAUAUAGUAAUAAUUGCAAGUGUAUUAAUAUUUGAUAUAUACCAAUUAAGUUUAAUUUUUAAUAAGUAAAAACAAUAAAAUAAUGAAGACUUAUUUAGUUUAUCUUAAAAUAAAAUUAAUCGAGAAGUAAUAACUAUUUGCAAUAAAGAAAAUGCAUGGUUGAGUAGAAUAUCAACUCUUCCGAUAUUUUUUGUUAUGAUUUCAAAAAAAGAUUUAAAAUUAACAUAUAAAAAUCAAAUUGUUAAUAAACAUUUUUCAUCAGUUUGUAAAUCUGACUCAGAAUAUGAUAACCUAAUUCUAAAUUAGUUGAAUUUUUCAAUUAUUUCAGAUAGCUUUGAAGAUCAAAAAAAUAUUACUACAGAUCAACACAUCAUAAAGAAUAGAUUGAGGAACAAUCAUUCAAAUAAGAGUAAUUAAGAUAAGAAAGAUUUCUCUGAUUUAGAUAGCAUAAAUCUAAAAUUUAAAGACACGAAUAAAUUAUUUGAAAUUUUAUAGAACUAUAAGGAUGGUAGACUAUUAGACACUAUUAAUUAAAUGAAUAAUACUUUAGAACUAUUUUGUCAACAUCAUUGGGAAGACUCUAGAUGCUCGACUUACACUGGGUAGAUUAAUUUUAAUUAAGAUGAUGAUGAAAUCAUCUUAACAUUGAUUGACAUAUCCAAAUAAAAUAAGUAUUUUGAUGAACUCACAAAAGACCAAUUUAAAACCUAAAUAGCCCAAUCCUUUUCGCAUGAAUUAAGAACACCUUUAAAUAGUUCCUGCAACUUCUUAUAAUAUUGUUUAAAUCAUAAAGGAGUUGAAGAGGAGUUGAAAAUCAACUUCAUCUAACCUGCAAUCAAUGCGUUAAGGUUAUAGUCUUAUUUGAUCAAUGAUAUAAUUGAUUUUAGUUCAUUAUGUGCUAAUAAUUUAGAAUUAGAUAUCAAAGAUUUUCUGAUUAUGGAUUUAGUGGAUGAAAUAAACAAAUUGUUUAAAUCUGUUAUAGAAAUGAAAAAGUUAAUCUUGUAUGUUGAUUUAUUGGAGAACUAAAUUAAUAACAUUUGUACAGACUUUUAGAGACUAGUAUAAAUUAUAGUAAAUGUUCUACAGAAUUCUAUUAAAUACUCGAAUUCCGGAUCUAUUCUUCUUAAGUUGACCUCAUAUUCAUAGAAUUACUUAAAAAUUACAGUUAAGGAUGAAGGAUUUGGAAUAGACGAACUUCGAUUAGCUAAAAUUCACCAAAUGCUUUUGGAUGUUGAAUCAAAAUAAAACUUUUCCUAAUAUUCAUCUUGGCAUGGCUUUGGUUUACUCAUCUCAUAAAUGUUGUUAUCAAAACUUUGUCCUGAUGAUUUUAAAUCAUUAUUGAUUAGAUCUGGCGGAAUUGGGUAAGGAACAAAAGUGACAUUCUAUAUUAAGAAUCACAAGUUAAUUAAGUAAUCAUCAAGUGUUCAUUAUAAGGAUAAACCAAUAAGGCUAAACAGCAAACUAAGAUAUAGUAAUCUAUCAGGUUCAUGUCAUCAUUUAUCUAUAAAUGGAACCUUUAUUUAAAUUAGUGAUUUAUUUGCUUCUAAUCAAAAAGUUAAUAAUAAUGUCCCAUUUGUUAAAAAAGUAACCCUCAAAUCUUUAAAAUCAAAUGAAAAUUCCAAUUUUUCAGAUAGCAUAAUUAACUUAGAUUAAGAUUUUUAGAUAUCAGAAAUGCAUCACUUACAACCAUUUCUAUUUACAGAAAAUGUUCACCAGAGAGUCAAAUUAAACAAAUAAGAGUAAUCUCCAAGAAGUAAUCAUCCAUAAACAAAAAUUGUUAGCUACAAAUAAUUAAAGCUUUAAGAAGAACAAGAGAGCGAAUAAAAUUUGAAAGCAUUUAUGAAGAAGAAAAAGUGUAAUUGUAGGAGAAUUUUGUCAGUAGAUGAUGAGAUUUUUAAUUAAAAAUCAAUUCAAUUCUUAUUAACAUAAUAGGGUUUUGAAAUCAUUUUGGCAUUUAAUGGACAAGAAGCUAUUUAGAUAGUGAAAAAUACCCAGAAAUGCAGCUUGAAUUGUAGCUUAUUUUUAUUAAUUUUAAUGGAUUAUCAAAUGCCAAUAAUGAAUGGAUUAUAAUGCACUAAGCAAUUAAAAUAAAUGAUGGAUCAGCAUCAAAUCCCUUUAAUUCAUAUCAUAGGGUUAACAGCAUUUAAUAGUAAGAAUGAUAUUUUAAUGUGUCUAAAUUCCGGAAUGAGCGACGUAUUAACAAAACCAUUAAUAAUAAAAGAACUAUUUGAAAUAUUACAACUUAUUUGA